AUGGGAAAUCUGGCCAUCGUUCUUCUACUAGUGUCCAUUGUGUCAAGUUGUAAGUUUGUAUAUUUUUAUGCCGGUUGGAGGAGGUGGCGUUGCCAAUAUCACUUUAAUUGCUCGCCACGUGCGGUUUGCGACAAUGGUACAUGCAAGGAGAUUCCUUGCAAAGACAACAGCGCCUGCCCCGGAAUUUUGACUUGUUAUUAUGGCAUGUGUGAUGGAAAUGUGGAAGAAGACGAAAUAAAUCGCAAUAUAGGGACACCCUGCAAAAACAUCGGCGAUUGCUACUUCAACUUGGUUUGCCAAAAUGGAUCUUGCCAGAGUAAGUAUAACGAAUGCCGCACUUAA